AUGUCAGUCUCAAAAGGAGUGUUGCUCAUCGGUGGUCCCUCCAAGGGAACCAGAAUGCGUCCAUUGACGCUUGAUUGUCCCAAACCCCUUCUCCCCAUAGCUGGGAAGCCCAUGAUAUGGCACCCUCUCUCCGCUUUUGCCAAAGUACCAGGUCUCACCGAGGUUAUCAUGAUUGGUUUCUACGAGGAUUCAGUGAUGAGUGGAUUCAUCAAAGAAGCCAAGAGGGAAUUCCCCAACAUCGCUAUAAGUUACCUGAGAGAAUACAAGGCACUUGGUACUGCUGGUGGUCUUUAUCACUUCCGGGAUUCAAUCCUUCGUCCACCUGUACCACAAAAUAUCUUCAUCUGCAAUAUCGAUAUCUGCUCCGCAUUCCCUUUCACCGAAAUCCUCGAAUUGCACUCCAAACACCGAGGUGUAGGUACGAUCAUGGGUGUCAACGUCAGAAAGGAGUCUGCUCAGAAAUACGGUUGCAUCGUUACUGAACCUGAGAGUCAAUUGAUGGUACAUUAUGUCGAGAAACCUGAUAGCUGGAUCUCCAACACUGUCAACGGAGGUGUUUACUUAUUCGAUAAAUCAUUAUUUGACGAGAUCAAAAUUGCCAUGGAUGAGAAGACUGCUCGUGCUGCAGAAGAUCCUUUGGUCAAGCCAGACGAGAUCCUUCGAUUAGAACAAGAUGUCAUAGUCCCCCUGGCAGCUGCUAAGAAGAUGUACGUGUAUCAGUGCAAAGAUUUCUGGAGACAGAUCAAAACCGCUGCCUCCGCUGUUACUGCCAACUCCCUCUACCUCGCUCGAAUCCAAAAGACCUACCCCGACUUCCUCGCCAAAUCAUCCCCCAACGUCAUCUCACCCGUCUACAUCGACUCGACAGCUACGAUCGACCCAACAGCCAAGAUCGGACCUAACGUAGCUAUCGGUCCAGGUGUGACCGUAGGAGCAGGUGUCAGAGUCAAAGAUGCGAUAGUGUUGGAAGGUACAAAUCUGGAACAACAUUCUUGCGUAUUGAAUUCGAUUGUAGGAGCCAACUGCAAUGUCGGUGCUUGGGCUAGAGUGGAUGGGAAACCUGAACCUGAACAAGAUGUCAAAGGUCAAAUCAGUGUGACCAUCUUAGCUACCGAGGUAUCUCUCGCCCCAGAAACUCUCGUCAGAAGCUGUAUUGUGCUUCCUAACAAAUCUCUGAACCGAAACUCAGCCAACGAAGUCUUGCUUUAA